AUGGCAGAUCCAAAGCACGUGCUUCGCUGUGCUGUGCCCGAUUGCAACCGGAAGUUCACUGUGGGGGGUUCAGUGUACCGACACUGGCGUUUGAAUCACCCUGAGUUGACGGGUGGUAAAACCCGGGAUGAUUCCUGGGCUAUCCCCAUCGACCAGGGCGAUGAGAACGCUGUUGGAGGCGAACUACAAUCUCCGGUCAGUGAGCAACCGGUUGCUGCUGGGCCAGCCAGCGUCGCUGAGGAGGUGGUGGUCCCCGUUGCUGUCAUGGCUCCUCUUGUCUUCUCUCCUCUCCAACCUCAUCCUCAAUCUCAAUCUCAACAUCCUUCUUCUUCCCUUCUCCCUCCUCUCCUCUCUCCCUCGUCUUACUUCCCUCCCUCCUCUCUUCUCUCUGCCAACUUCUCUCCUCCUCUCCCUCGCCAUCCUCUCUCUCCUCAAUUCCUUCGAAUCUCUUCUCCUCCCUCUCUCCAGUGCCGUCCUACUCACCAGAACCAGCUUCGAUCUUCGAGAUCGACCAGAAACCAAGACCACAAUGUGGCACCCCGGAACCGCGCGGGAGGUCUCGACCUCGACCCAACAGAGGGUCUCCCAGUCCAGAAUUGGGAAUUCCAGACUGUCCGGGUCAAUCAAGAUGAGACGACUGAACCUGCCGAAUCUGCCGACCAAGGACCUAAAUUUAAUCAUCCCAACUAUCCAUGGCCCGAACAGCCGCUCCCCGCUUUCUUCCAUCAACUUCCUCUGCUUAACCAGCAACUGAUCCAACGGGCGCGUACUGGCAAUACCAAUCCUGAGCGCUCAGAAUGGGACCGCAAGAACCAAAAGUGGAUACCAGGUAUUGAGAAGGAGAAAGCGAAGGCCCGAGCAAAGGCUGAAGCCACGACGUCAAAUCUUGGAGACCAGGAUGGUACUGAAAAUGAAGACCUCGACGAUGAAGAGAACGUCUCUGGAAAGCGACGCAAGACAGAUGCCGGUCCUCAAGGACGUAGCUUCGAGUACAAGAAAUGGACAAAAGUACCACAAGCUAUCGCAGAACAGAGGACAGAAACCAAAUAUCUUGCCGAUCGUCGACCUGGAAUGCCCAGUCUCUACGGUGGGGCUUACAAAGCUACAAAUGGUUUCGGUUCUUUGGGAAUCAAUCCAAAUGCUGGUUCUGGAGCAAUCGGUUUCGAAUUUGGUGAUGCAAAUGGGCUUGGAAACACAUCAGGGGUUCUUGGUUCGGCUGCUGCUGUUCCUGAACCCGUUCCUGUCCGCAAGAACCCUCCCCCUCGACGUAAAAAGAAGGGUGGGCCAGGCCGUAAGAAGAAAGAACCAGUUCCUACACCAAUUACCACUUCCACCACCCAGCCAUUAAGUGCAGUCGCCACUAAUACAUCCACGGAGAACCAACUGCAACCAGUACUUCCAGGAGCCCCAACUGGCGACACACAGCCACAGGUUGAAGAUGCUGAAGGCUCCGGGAGCGACAGUGAUGAUGAUGGCAGUGAAGAAGGAGAAAUCGCCGAAGAACCAGAGUUACAGACGCAACCUCCACGCCCUGUCCUCGAACAAAUUACCCCUGAACCAUUUUCUCCCUCGGCUGCAAAUGAACAAAUCGUGGAACCGACAGCACCAGUACUGGAUGCGGAGGUUACAGUGGAAGAAGGCCUAUCGAAGCCUCUACAACAAUCGCCACAACCAUCAAAUGGACUAGCAGAAGAAAAUAUGCCAGUCUUAAUCACAUCAGAGCUUGUCGUGGAUGCAGUUCUAGCAGAGCCAGCCGCCCCCACAAGUGUACAAGGAUCAGCAGCACCUUCGAAUGCAGAAACCGCAGUUCAAGAACCGCAAUCACAAAUUGUACAACCCUCGCCUGAAACAGCGUCAAAUGAAGCUGAUAUUGCAACCAUUCUCGAUACCGAUCAUCCUACAACAGAUCAAGUCAUUGAGACUUUGCCUAAUCCUACAGUUCAGGGAGCACCGGCGGCAGAAGUUGAAAUCAUCGAAGCUUCAGCUUCCGAUCUCAUUCCCGAAGUCACCCAAGUCACCCAAGAUGUGACAGCGAACACUGAAUCAUCCAAUGACGUGGAAAUGCAGGACGUUGCUCCUGCCGAAGCUAUCGCUGCACAACCAGACAUCCCAGCAACAGCACCUGAAGGCGAUGGAGAGAUUGAUUUGCUCGGAGGACUAGAAGCAGCUGUGGACAAGGAAGCGGGCGCAUCAGCAGCAAAUGACGAAUAA